AUGAUGUGGAUGAGACACGUUAUUUUUUAUCAAUUAAUUUUUUGCUAAAAUUUAUCUAACAAACAAUAUUUUAAAUGUUUUCAAAUUGGAUUAUUGAACAAAAUGAAUUGGAUUUUGUUCGUGUCUGUAACAAUACUACUACUUGCUGUUGUAAUACCAUUAACAAUUGCUGAAUGCCAAACACGUCAAAUAUACUGUUACGAAUGCGACAGUUGGACCGAUUUACGAUGCAAGGAUCCAUUCAAUUAUACAGCAUUACCACGUGAUCAACCGCCAUUAAUGACAUGUAAUGGAUGUUGUGUAAAAAUGGUUAGGCAUGCUAAAUCUGGUAAGAAUAAUUCGUUCGAGGUCGUUCGAAGGACGUGUACAUCACAACUGCAGAUAAAUCUCUUUAUGGUAGAUCAUGUGUGCAUGAUGGAAAGUAGCGGAUCGGGCCACAUGUGUUUCUGUGAGGAGGAUAUGUGUAACAGGGUGCCAGCACUGCAUACCAACACACAUAAACAUGGCCUGCUCUUACUAGCCGCAGUCCUCGCCGCCUUGUAUAUGCCCGUAGUCCUAGCUACUAGUACCAGUCUAAGCGGACCAUACUACCAUAGUGAAGCAUGCUCAGUAGUGCGGUAGAUUUUUGGAAUCCUUAUCCUAUUUUUGUUUGUUUUUUUUAUAUCCUUUUUAAUUUCCAUUGCACCUUCCAAUAUUUGUCACAGUGUGAUAACGUAAUGUUAUUGGAACGGUGCAAAUAAAUUGUUCUGCUCAUCGAACGCAUCAAAAUCAUCAAACUUAUUUUUAUACUCAUAAAAUUAAAUAAAACCAAAAAGUUUGAUAAUUUUGAUGAAAAUAAAAUCAUUCCAAAACGUCUAUAAGUAAAUCCUUACUUAUUGAUAUUUUUAAAAAUAUAUUCAAUGCAUUUUAA